AUGGCAGACAGAGUCUCCCAAGUCGUCGGCCACCUCAACUACCCCAAAGGCCUCCUCGCCGGCCAAACCGCCAUCAUCACCGGCGCAGGCCAAGGCAUCGGCGCCGAAACUGCCCGCCGCUUUGCCAACGAAGGCGCCAAAGUCGUAGUCGCAGACAUUGAUGCCGAAAAAUGCAACCAAGUGGCCGAAUCAAUCCGCCAAUCCGGCCACCAGGCCCUCUCCGUCCCAGGCGACGUCCUCGACCCAGCAUACAUCAAGUCUCUCAUCGCCCAAGCAGCCUCCUUCGGCAACGGCAAGAUCCACAUCCUCGUUGCCUCCGCGGGCUACACAUACGAUGGCGUCAUCCACAAAAUGUCCGACAAGCAGUGGGAGACCAUGAUCGCCAUCCACUGCACCGCGCCCUUCAAGAUGAUCCGCGAGGCGGCUCCCUAUUUCCGCGUCAAGGACGGCGAGCCGCGCUGCAUCGUCACCGUCUCGUCGACUUCGGGCAUCCACGGUAACGCGGGCCAGAUCAACUACGCGCUGGCGAAAUCCGGCCUUGUCGGGUUCACCAAGACGAUUGCCAAGGAAUGGGGCCCCGCGUUUGGCGUGAGGGCGAAUACCGUUGCUUUUGGUUAUAUCCAGACGAGGUUGACGGCGGCCAAGGAGGACGGCGGGUUUGUAAUUGGGCCCGACGGCGAGAAGAUUGCCAUUGGCGUUCCGGGGAGAGGCAAGCCCGGUGCCACUCAUUCGGACAUUCCCUUGGGUCGCCCCGGGACGGCGACGGAGGCUGCGAGUGCGAUUCUGGCCGUGGCGAGUCCGCUAUUCUCCUACGUGACAGGGCAGACCAUCAUGGUGACGGGUGGGAGGAACAUGUAG